UAACUGCGGAGUACCAAUAAACAUGCACGCAUUCUGUAACAGGAACCUGGAUAACGAAGGAAUAUUCCGUUUCCCUAGCAACCGACUCUGCAGUCUGAGGGGAGUGAAUCACCGUGAGGUAUUGAUUAAGCCAGAGUCGCCAUUUUUCGUGGUUCCGAUGUAAACAGAAUGGGUAAAACAGGGUUGUCUCGUUGAAAAGUCACAGUUCCUAGAAGAACCCGUCUCCUGUGGCUACAUCCAGUACAGAUUGAAGACAGCAGCACAAUGGAUGCCAUUGGGCCGAUAAUCUUCAUACUGAUGGCUUUCGUCUUCAUUGGUAACAUCGGCUUGUGCGUCAUCAUUAUCGCCUCCAAACGACUUCGUCAACGACUUCGAUUUUGGUUCAUCGUUGGAACAGCGGUGUGCGACAUGUUGGCCGGAGUUACUCUGUGCCUCUGUGGAGUGCAGUAUUACCAAGGAAACAGAUACGAUUGUACCUUUCUGAUAAUCCUCAUGGCUUUUGUGUACUUCGGUAUGCAAUUUGUUAACUUGUGGUACCUUGUGGCACUGAAUGUCGAUUUCUGUGUGCGUUUGUGUCGACCCCGCUUGCCAAGGUUAUCGCAAUGUGGAAGGAUCCUUCUGUACUUGACCUUGGCCCUUGUCCCCUGGGCGGCCAUGUUCCUAACUGUCACACCUGGUAUAGCUUUAGGAUUGCGCGAUUAUGUGAACGAAACAUGGCAGUGUUCGUUUAUACUAAGCUUAGAAUCGGAUAUCCCGUUGAAAGUAAUAUGCUGCUUGUUGCCGCUAUUGGUUAUCAUUGGUACUUUCAUAUACAUGGUUUAUAAACCCUGGGCCCUAUCCCUACCAGGGUCGUAUGUAAAUAUGACGACACAGCUGAUUGAAGAGUCCGAUGAUGACGUCAUUGAACCUCGUCGCUGUUUCAUAAUUCCGUGUAUGGUUACUAUUGCGUGCUCGGCUCCUUUUCAGAUUUGGAAAAUUAUACCACCAGAGAGCCUUGAUGUUGGUGGUUUUUAUGAGACAGAGAGCGUUUUAAUACUUAUUCUUUUGUCUAAAGCUGCUAUCUUGCCGUUUGUGUGGCUGAUUUUGCCAAGCCUUAAAACGGAAAUUAAAUACAUUUGCCUUAAGCGACAGGAAACAGGAUUCGCCACCUACAGGCGAUUUCCACAACAACACGAUUCAGGGGAGGUAACAAUUUCUCAGUCUGAGGAUGAGUGACACUGAUUUCCAGUGGAGGUAAACAGAUCUGAUGAAGAUUCAGAGGCGGUGAUAUAAUCUUACUUGAAUGGAUGACGGUAGAUUAUUCAGGGGAGGUAACUUCUCACUCUGAUGAACAGCUUUGACUAUUCUGGGGAGGCAACAACACGUCAAACGUCAAGGGAGGUAACCACGUCUCACGAAUUACGUUGAUUAUUCCGGGAGGGAUAUCAACUUACUCUGAUUCUCUCGGCCCGAUCCGAGUGAACCCGAGUGGUGUAGUACUUUCCCCUCGGCAAUAGAUUUAAGAGGAGAAAAAGUGACAACUGUUCCGAUUAACCGGCAAACACUACCAUUAAAGUGCCUUGUUACAUGA